UAUGCUCGGGUCAGGAACGGAUGAUGAUGAUGAUGACGACAAUAGUACCAGCACGACGGCAACGGCGCCCGGAGGUACAGGAGGUCUGAAGCACCACCACUCCGGGGGUGUCCAUCCCGCUGCCACCCCCGAAGCGAACAACAAUUCGUUAGCGCCGGGCGAUAUGACGCCCAUCGUAGGGGGUCCCGGAUCGCUUAACGACAGUAAGACGGGCCAGGACGACUCGGAGGACCAGGGUUCGCUGGACGGAGACCCAGAGACCCGGGACUCGCAGACGGAGAACAAGUCUCCAGACGAUGGGAACUCGGGCUCCAAGAGGCGAGGUCCUCGUACCACCAUCAAGGCCAAGCAGUUGGAGAUCCUCAAGACGGCGUUUUCGCAGACGCCGAAGCCGACGAGGCACAUCCGGGAGCAACUCGCCAAGGAGACCGGUCUGCCCAUGAGGGUCAUACAGGUGUGGUUCCAGAACAAACGGAGUAAGGAGAGGCGACUGAAACAACUGACUUCAAUGGGGAGAGGACCCUUCUUCGGUAGCUCGCGCAAGAUGCGGGGAUUCCCCAUGAACCUGAGUCCCGGGGGGUUGGACGAGGCCCCUCCGGGGUUUCCGUAUUUCACCACGGCUGAUGGAAAAUUCGAAUUCGGAUAUGGCGCCCCGACGGGAUUCCACCACGAAUUCUUCGCGGGACACCACCCCCACCAGGGUCCCCCCGGACAGCCGCUCCCCUUCAACCCCCCAGGUGGACCUAUGGACCAGGGUCCGAUACCCAUGGGGACCGAGUUUGGAGGACUGACUCCAGAACCUCCCCCGGGUUUCCUCCAGCAGCCUCCUCCUCCCAAUGAGCAACUCAUCUCACAGAGGUCCAGCCCUGAAUUCAUCAGCUCACAGGGCGGGUUUUCGGAGCCGCAGCAGAUGCAGAACGAGGGUCUGGUAUGGUGAUAGCUGCCUGCGGUUACCGGACCCUGCUGCUGCGAGGACAGCGAGGACACGGAGGAAGACUUCAAGCAGUGAAACGAACAUCUUCUGAACAAAACUGUUUUAGGCAGUGAUGAGAGAACUACUUAUUUAAAGAAUUAAUUGUCGGAACGUUUUUCCGAGAGCGAUUUCACCACAUGUGAAUCAUAUUGUGUCAAAAGUGUUAAUAUUAACUAAUAACUUUUUAAAUUGUACACAGAAGAACGUGAUUCAAAUUGUGGAUGUUCAAAAAGUGUUUGAUAAUGAAUUGUGACCUGCAAGAAAGUGUGACCGAAAACUUCAAACUAAUUCAUAAACAACUAUUUGAAUUACGAAAUUCUGGCGAGAAAGUUCCGAAAAAUGUUCCACCACGAAUAUGGCCAAUGAGUGAAAUUAGUAGAAAACUUUUAUACUAGAAUGAAGACUGAAAUGACUGCUUAUGGUGAUAUUAACGUGUUAUAUGUAAAUUCGAACAGAGUUAUUCUAACGUACAUGCUGCUUUGACUAUGAAAUGUGCAAAGAAAUCGUAUAUAAGCAGUGAUAUGUUACGAGAUCCAUGAUAUUAUGUAUUAUUUGCAGAAUACAGAAGCUAUUGUGAUUACAGUCAGUGACGUAACUACUGAAUCCUGGCAAACGGAUGCCUACUAUUAUGCAAGAGUGAAUUUUAUCCAGUUUUCCGAUAUUAAAGAACAUUGAACUAAGAAAAUGAAACGUGUGUCAGUGUAAAGAAACUGGUAUUGAAGGACGUUUUUGGAAUGUAUUUAAGUUAAAGAAAAAAACAAAUUAUUCACGCUUUUGCGUGCGGUAAUGAACAUAACGUCGAAAGAUCGAAAAGAAAUUUUCACAUUACAAAAUCACCGCAUGUGCUAGAAAAAAAAAAUACAGUCAAAAAAUUAAUCUAACAUUGUUUAUCCUUCCACUAAUCGAAUUAUUCAAAAUACCUGUGUGUGCAAAGAAUA